AUGUCGCGGCAGUCACGGUUAACAGGACGCGUGAAUCACGGGCACGGGGCAGUACCGUUCACACGCUCAGUGAAGAUUAUGAGACAAGCUGAGCCAAAUCAACCAGAAAAACCUGAAUCAUCAGAAAUGCCUCUACCCCAGGAACUCCAAAUGAAGAUCUAUGACGCGUCGCGUAAGCGUAGAGAAGCCAAGGGUGUAAGUGGAUCUUUACCCACAAGAAAAGGGUAA